AUGUCGCGCAAAGCUCUCCACGUUCAGCCAGUCUUCGUCUCGGGCACCCCCGGCGUCCAAGUCUUCCGCUUCCAGCAGACGCAGGCUCGGCUCCCGCAGACGGCCUCGCACUCGAUCGGCAAGGCGGCCCACGCCGGCGGCGUCAACAAGCGCGCCCUCGCGGCCGGCCUCAUCACGCUCGCCGACAUGAGUCUCGUCGCAGGCGGGUACGAGCUCGGGCGGCACAUCGAGCGCAAGAAGGAGCUCGAGCGGCUCGCGUACCCGCACGGGCUGUCGACGAGGCAGGGGGCGGUGUACGCGCGGGCGGCGCAGGCGGGCGGACGCAGCCGCCGCUACCUCGACCGCCUCGACGCACGGACCGCGCUUCGCCACGUCAACAACGCUGUGCGCGAGACCGGGCUCGCAGGCCGGCGAGCGGGUGACAUUGCUCGGCGCGAGCUUGAGCAUGGCUGGCAGGCGGUCGACCGCAAGAUGGACGACUCGACGCUGCUGGGCUCAGGCGCAGGUGGCUCGCCAUUCGCGUUCACCGAGUGGGACGGCCUGAAGUGGGCGGCGGGCAACGCAGCCCGGUCGGCGCAGCGCGAGGCCAGCCUCGUCCGUGCGCAGCUUCGGCAUCUCCCGCAGCUCGUCUCGGGCGCACCCUCCUCGUCCACCGCCAACCUCGAGCGAGGCGUGCAGCUGCACGGCAGUUUCGCGAGGCGCUACCUCGGCUAUGCGGCCAAGGACGGAUACGAAGCGCUGCGCCAGGCCGAGAUGGCCGGGCGGUACGCUUUCGAGGUCGGCGCGAGGAGGCUGCUCGCGAGCGGCCAGCCCGAGAAGCGCCAGGUCUUCAAGUCGCGCUCGCCGGCCGACCCGCUCACAAACCUCGCCGACCAGCAGGAGCGCGAGCGCCACGUCUCGCAGGGUCUCCUCGCAUCUGCAGGUGUCGCAGCAGACGUCGGGCUCGGCUACGCGCUCGAGAAGGCCGUGCGGCGGCGCGAGGGGAGGUCGAGAGCAGCGGCGGCACGGGGCGGCGGACCGAGCGGGCUUUGA